UUUGUCCUAUAUUCGUCAGCUGUCUGCAGCUAGUUGUAGAAAAUAAUUUAAUUCGAGUGUAUUGCGAUAAACAACGUCUCCCCCAAUAGGAAAUACAUAAGUGAAAGUGAAUAAUUUUUUUUAUGAAAUCUUCCGAUGUCGAUGUUUAAAGCACGUGUUAGGGAAUUUGAGGAUGCGCUGGAAAGGAAUGAAAUCGACCUGAAUUCACUUCGAAAUCUUUGUUUUCAUGGUAUCCCUGACGUUGGUAGUUUCAGAGCAGUAUGCUGGAAAUUCCUACUAGGUUAUUUGGGACCCAAGCGAUGUACCUGGACUGAAACUCUCAAAAAGAAGCGAGCUCUGUAUCGGCAAUUUAUAGAAGAACUGGUUCUUCCACCGGGUCUAAAUUGCGAUAAUAAUAAAGAUAAUACGAGUUCUGGACUUAGUGAUCACCCACUCAGUGAAGGACCGGAAAGCGCUUGGAAUACAUUCUUUCAAGACAAUGAAUUUUUACUGCAAAUUGACAAAGACGUUCGACGCUUAUGUCCAGACAUAUCGUUCUUUCAACAAGCAACUGAAUACCCUUGCGAUAUAGUGGUUCAUAGCAGGGGAGAACGAAGAUUGCAUCAGCGCGUAGUUCCCACUAUGUUGAGCUCGGCAAAUGUAGAACGCAAGGGUUUGGGAAUGACAAAGAUAAAUCUCAUAACGAAGCGUUCCAAUGAAAAUUACAUUGCAAUGGAAGAAGGUCAAGAGGCACAUUGGGAAGUGGUGCAGCGCAUACUCUUCCUUUAUGCUAAACUGAAUCCCGGUCAAGGCUAUGUUCAAGGCAUGAAUGAGAUUGUAGGGCCAAUCUAUUAUAUUAUGGCCUCUGACCCAGAUCUUGAAUAUAGAAAAUAUGCUGAGGCAGACUGUUUUUUCUGCUUUACCGCAUUAAUGAGUGAAAUUCGGGACUUUUUCAUUAAAACACUGGAUGAUUCCGAAGGAGGCAUUAAAUUUAUGAUGGCAAAAUUGGCAAAUAUGUUAAAAGAAAAAGAUCCUGAAGUGUAUGACAGAUUAAAAGAGCAGGAACUACAUCCUCAGUACUAUAGUUUUAGAUGGAUAACACUACUGCUGUCACAAGAAUUCCCAUUGCCCGAUGUCGUUCGGAUAUGGGACUCUGUUUUUGCUGAUGAGCACCGAUUCCAGUUCUUGAUAAAAAUAUGUUGUGCAAUGAUUUUAAUUCAACGAGAACUCAUACUUCAAAACGAUUUUGCAUCAAACGUUAAACUGUUGCAAAAUUAUCCGCCAAUUGAUAUUAACGUAGUGCUUUCACAUGCUGUGUCGCUGCAAGGAUAACCGUUACCAAUUGUAUCUACAAAUAUGAAUUAUACACAUCCCGAGCAAAUUUUUAUACCUCGUUCUUAAAAGUAAAAAAUAUGGUUUUAAUACCAAAAUUUACACAUGUUUAGCUUCUAAGUAACAUCUUUUGUAAUUUAUUGUACACAGCAUAAGUGUACUACAUCUACAUAUGUACAUCUAUUUACAAAUUGAAUUAUCUUACUCGAAACUUUCAUUAAUAACACUGUCCAGCAGCAUUUUUACAACAGAAAACCUCUGAUAUAUUUCUGAAGAAACAUUGUGCUCACAAUUUUUGGCGAACAAAGUUAUGGUUGAACACGCCCAAAUUUUUAUUUGGUUUAAAAAUAAAAAUAAAAGUGCGAAACCCUGA